AUGCUGAAGCUCAUCGAACUCCAGCUUGGUAUCAGCGUUUCGGCGCAAUACUUGGAGGAACACCUAGUUUCAGAAUCGACUCAGGUAGUUAGAUCGCAGUAUAGACAUCUACGCGACCUUACUAACACUUCACACCCAGUCGCCGAUGACUCUCUGUCGUCGACUCUUCAAUUUGGAGGCAACCCGCUGACUCUGGAUGAAAUCUGCAAUCUCUCAAUGAUUGAUCGACAACUAAACGCGCCUCGGUUGGCAUCGUCUUCUCGUUUCUUCAAUUACUCUCAGUACAAGUCACUCAGGCCUGACGAACUUCCAAAGGCAUUUUCGGUCUUCGGUGAGGGAGUCCUCUUUCAAGUCAGCGGAGCAGCGAAUGACGCAACUCAGCUGGUAGCUCUGCUUCCGGGUGCCUCUGCUAAAAUCCGUCGUGUUCUUCGUGUCUUCACCAUUCAAAAUCCGGACAUGAAACUGAAGCUUGGGCAGCUAGAGGCGCGUUUCAUGCCCUUUUCCCGCGAAGUCAGGACCUCCUAUGAGGCAGAUUACAUCCUUCCUUUCACUCUCCUCCAUGUCAACUUCAGUGAACCCACUGGGGCCUUACUCUCAUAUCCCGGCAGUACCACUCUCGCUCAUCUGACGACACAAGUUUCGCCAUAUUCCACCGCUCGCUCCCCUCUAGCGUCUAUCAAGACUGAUAUGGAUCGCAUCAAACGUCUCUCCUUGGCCUAUCAGAAUGAAGAUACUUGGAGUCCUCUGGGAAAUAUGGUACCCUCAUCUUCGUCUGCAUCUGCAUUGGAACAAUCAAUCACCAGUCAUCUGAGCAAAUCCCAGCAGCAAAUAGUCAUGCCGUUAGGUCAGCAUAUAAUCAGGGAGUUAAGCUCCACAGAGCGGAUGUGGGAGGCAUUGAAAGAUGCUCCUGACCGUCGAACAGCUCGUGAGGGCUUCUUGUUCGCUCUGCGACAUCUUCAAGAGAAGGUGGAUCUCCUUUCUUUGAAUGUGUCGGACUUCACGAGGUUCGCGAUGCUAGCACGCUCUAACGCGAUUGCGGGGAGACGAGAAACGCUGGGAGAUUUUGAGGUCCUUGGUCUGCGAAUGCUUAUUGAAGCAGGCGUCUUCAAGGUCACCAACGACUGUCUCGCUGUUAUUCGCAAUGGUAUCCCUUCAUUGUAUUUCUGCACGCUUUUCCAUCUUCCAACAGUAUCACCAACUCUGGAACGUAGCUUUGCAUCGGCCAACCUGACAAAGGAGACAAGCUUUGAGAUGCGUCUGCAUCUACUGCAUCACCUCUAUCGCGUUUCCUCUCUGGCUGUCGCCCUUGCCACCGUUGCCCAGAAUGCUUUUGUUGAAAAGGAGAUCGAACCAUUGCUUUUUGAUGUCAAGUCCUCGGAGGGUGAUUUCAUCACUUUCAUGAAAAUGGAGGAGCUGGAGAAAGACGAAGUAUUUACUCACACCUGUACCACUCCUCUUAAAAACCUCACCGCGCACCUAGCCGACUUCACUCCGGACUUAUGGAUAAUGCGGAUGUCCGCAGUGGAACCAAUGCAAAUCGAAAAACGUCUCGUCUAUGAAUGCAUCAACUCGAGUGGCGUGUCGCCGACCUUCUACUGCCACGUAUUGGAACUUAUCGAUACACUUUGGUUCAAUGACGUUUGA